UGUACGAUCCUCCACACUGCCACCCAUCGGCGUGGCGGUGAGCAUAAAGAACUGUACCGAUGGUACUAGAAAAACAACAGUUAGCUAGCUGAACUGCUAGUAAUAGUGAGCUCAAUUUAAUAGCUAUAUAUUACAGUAGCGCUUGAUUUGACCGAAGCCGACUAGACACGGUUUUCCAUCCAUCCCCAUGGCAAUAAGGGAGGCAAUGGUCCAUGAAGAGUUUUGGACGCACUCACUGUGGCUUGUCCACCCAGGACAUCAUCAGACACUGGAGCACAGAUAACCCCACCAAACUAAUAAAUCAUGAUCCCCAUCACUGAGCUGCGGUACUUUGUGGAUACACAACCAGCCUACCGCAUCCUGAAACCAUGGUGGGAUGUGUUCACCGACUACAUCUCCAUUGUCAUGCUCAUGAUUUCUGUGUUUGGAGGAACACUGCAGGUCACCCAGGACAAAAUGAUCUGCCUACCAUGCAAAUGGGUGGUCAAUCAGACCUGCAAGAAGAGCUUCAGUUCAAACCUCUCUGCGCCAUUAUUGUUGGAGCCCAAAGGGAUCCAGUAUGAUCUGGAUCGCCACCAGUAUAACUACGUUGAUGCUGUAUGUUAUGAGAAUAGAUUGCACUGGUUUGCCAAGUAUUUUCCUUAUUUAGUAUUACUUCACACCCUUAUUUUCCUAGCUUGCAGCAACUUUUGGUUUAAGUUUCCACGGACUAGUUCCAAACUAGAGCACUUUGUAUCCAUCCUGCUGAAAUGCUUUGACUCCCCAUGGACAACCAGGGCACUGUCUGAGACAGUGGUUGAAGAGAGCGACCCAAAACCGAUGAAAAUGAACGGCUCAAUGGACCACAAAGAAUCAGUCAUCAGUGAGGACGUCGAAGCAAGUGUUCCUAUGCUCCAAAGGACAAAAACUCGCUUUGAGCAGGGCAUUGUAGACAGAACAGAAACAGGAGUUUUGGACAAAAAAGAAGGCGAACAGGCAAAAGCUCUGUUUGAAAAAGUGAAGAAGUUCCGUAUACAUGUUGAAGAAGGAGACAUCGUGUACAGGCUGUACAUCCGUCAGACUAUCAUCAAAGUAAUCAAGUUUAUUCUGAUAAUCUGCUACACUGGGUAUUACGUGCACGAUAUACAAUUUAGCGUCGACUGUUCAGUAAAUAUUGAGAGCCUUACAGGUUAUAGCGUGUACCGCUGUGCUCACCCAUUGGCUACGCUUUUUAAAAUCUUAGCCUGUUUCUACAUUAGCUUAGUAGUAGUGUAUGGUUUGAUCUGCAUGUACACUCUUUGCUGGAUGCUUCGGCGCUCUCUUAAAAAGUACUCAUUUGAGUCGAUAAGAGAAGAGAGCAGCUACAGUGACAUACCUGAUGUAAAGAAUGACUUUGCAUUCAUGAUGCACAUGAUAGAUCAGUAUGACCCUUUGUACUCGAAACGCUUUGCAGUGUUCCUCUCUGAAGUAAGUGAAAAUAAACUGAGGCAGCUUAACCUCAAUAACGAGUGGACACUAGACAAGCUGAGGCAGAGAAUUACCAAGAACUCUCAGGAGAAGUUGGAGUUGCACCUUUUUAUGCUGAGUGGCAUUCCUGACACGGUGUUUGAUCUAAUGGAGCUAGAGGUUCUCAAACUGGAGCUAAUCCCUGAUGUCACCAUCCCUCCGAUUAUUGCUCAGCUGGUCAACUUGCGAGAAAUGUGGCUCUACCACACACCGGCCAAAAUUGAAGCGCCUGCUUUGGCUUUCUUGCGUGAGAACUUAAAGUCUCUGCACAUCAAGUUCACAGACAUCAAAGAGAUUCCUUUGUGGAUUUAUAGUUUGAAGAAUCUUAGUGAGCUCCAUCUAACAGGGAACCUCAGUGCGGAGAACAACCGCUACAUCGUCAUAGAUGGGCUCCGGGAGCUCAAAAGGCUCAAGGUUCUUCGUUUGAAGAGCAACCUCACCAAGCUACCUCAGGUGGUGACCGAUGUUGGCAUGCACCUCCAGAAACUUUCCAUCAACAACGAAGGCACCAAGCUGAUGGUUCUCAACAGUCUGAAGAAGAUGGUGAAUCUGACAGAACUGGAGCUCAUCCGCUGUGAUCUAGAACGCAUACCACAUUCAAUCUUCAGCUUACACAACUUGCAGGAGAUUGAUCUGAAGGAUAACAACUUGAAAACCAUCGAGGAGAUUAUCAGCUUCCAGCACCUUCAUCGGCUAGUUUGCCUUAAGCUCUGGUACAACCAGAUUGCCUAUAUACCCAUUCAGAUUGGCACACUGACCAAUCUGGAGAAGCUGUAUCUGAACAGGAACAAGAUCGAGAAAAUGCCCAGCCAGUUGUUUUACUGCCGCAAGCUGCGCUUUCUGGACCUGAGCCAUAACAACCUCACCUAUAUCCCUACUGACAUUGGCUUCCUUCAGAAUCUUCAGUACCUUGCUGUGACAGCUAACAGGAUUGAGAGUCUGCCCAAUGAGCUGUUCCAGUGCAAGAAACUCCGCACUUUGAACUUGGGCAACAACUGCCUACAAUCUCUGCCAUCAAGGUUUGGAGAACUGACUGCGCUGACACAGCUGGAACUAAGAGGAAAUCGUCUGGAAUGUCUGCCGGUGGAGCUGGGCGAGUGCCGACAGCUUAAAAGAACUGGUCUCGUCGUGGAGGAGGACCUUUUCAACACCCUGCCCACGGAGGUCAAGGAACAGUUGUGGAAAGUUGACAAAGAACAGGCUUGAACUCAUCUGUGGUUGUAAGUGAGAACAGGUAGUGACAAGCUGGGUCCUGACACUGGAGGAACACCUCAACUGUCCCAGAGGGAUUGUUGAAGCUGCCUGUAGUCCUGCUGAAGUGUACUAACAGUAAGGUUGGGUAUCGAGAACAGGGCAGAAGCAAAAUACAGAAUAGCCUCUAGACGUUUCACUUCUUCUCAGCACUGCUGUUGAUUCGCUGGCCUUGCCAUUAACCAGGUAUUAAUAAUUUUAGCAAUACUGUAGCCAUGAAAUUGCUAUCAAGGGCAUGUUUAGAUUUAAUGCCUCUCCCCUGUCAUGGAGAAGAUUAAAUAUGCAAAACUCCUGGAAAACUUUACUAGUACUAAGAAAAUCUUUGAAGAAAGUUUGUUUUCUUUCAUCAACAUUAUAUAUGGUAAACAAUCUGUCCUGUUUUGUUGUUUGACAAAUGAGAUGGCAAACUGAUCUCAUAAAGCUUCCUGUCUUUGUAACUGCAGAAGCCACAUGUUCCUCUACUAUCAAGUUGUAACAAUCACAUGAGAAUAUAAUGAAUCAUGAAAUCUUGAAUUGCAAAGUUCUUACUCAGUUUAAAGGGAAAUGUGGCAAAGUUACACUCAUAUUUAAUGUAUUGUAAUAUGAUUGUGUUUUUUGAUGUAUUGGAUUGAAAUACCAACUAAAUAUUCCAUUUAGUAAUCAUUUCCAGAAUAGUGGAUGUUUAAUGUGUUUUUAGUUCUUCCAACUGUAGUUCAGGAUGGAUCUUAGAGAAAUUGUCCCUGGUAUUAAUUUUUUCUGCAGAUGGUUGGCAAUAAUGUUCAUGGAUUUUCAAAUUUGUUGUAGGAAGAAGGGGACGGUUAGUUGUUUAAAUACUGUGGAGGCUGAGGAUUUGUCUUUGGUUGGCCUGAGUUGGUAGAUUACAACAUGUGGAAUUAGAUGAGACUAUGCGCUCCUUACAUGGAGCAAGUCUGGCAAAGUGAAGCUGUUGAUGGCCUCUUUCUGUGGAAAGACUUUUAGAGUGUUUUGACUUGGGGAAAAGCAAUUACUCUGCUAAAAGCUACCAAGUUGAAAAGUAAAACAAAACAUCACCCUAGUACAAAUACAUCAGAGGUCUAUCUUGCACUGUAGAUACCGAACCCUGCUACUAGUACACUAUUCAGAGGGAACUGAGCAAAAUCUUUUUAAUGCUCAUGCUGCAUCCACAUUUUGUGCUUGUACUAAAUUGCACAAAAUAAAUAAAUACGGGCAAAAUGGUGAAUGGGAUUUCAGUGAUAAAAUGUUACAGGAACUAGAAAUAAUUUUACAAAAGAUAACAUAUUUUUAAGUUGAAAUGGAGCCUCAAAGUUUUAAUUGUUUGUCUGAAACUACUUUAAGUUACCUGAAACACUAGAUAUGUUUUACAACACUUUCUGUGGGGAGUAUAAGGUAUGCACUGGUCAGCUUCUACACCCUGAUAUUUAAGUUUUAUUGUCUGAUUUUUAUAAAGUACUAGAAGUAGAUAUAUCUUUUAAGUCAAACAUGUUUUUGGACCAAGAGUUAGUUUUAUUUUCUUGUCUCUACCUGGAAAAGGUAGUGUAAGAUUCCAACAAAUUUUAAUCAAAAAAUAUUAGAUUAUUAUAUUCUACAUUCUGAGUUUAAUAUGGACUUGGAUCCAUUUCAAUAUGUGGAGGAACAUUGCAAUAAGGUCCAAAAUGUCAAUUUCUGAAACUAAAAGUUAUGUUUUAGCCUCGAAUUUGAAAGGCUUAAAGUUUUUGUAAAUAGGUUACAUUCCAAUAAUUAAAGGAAGUGUUGUAAUUCUGACAGAUUAAAUAUGAAAGCAAGAUAAUGGGGCAUUUUCGAAAAGAGCCAUGACUUUCAGGUUGGUUGCCUUAACUUUGAUCAACACUUUCUCUGUUGUCUUGUUUUUGUUGGGGCGUUUUAUGGGUGCACUCACACUAGGACCAGUCACCCUGUGUCAUGCUACAGCAUGCCUGUCCCCACUCGCCAGUCCUCCUCUGGCUUGCACUUACACUGCUCAAAGCACAACCAGGCCUGAGCACAGAUGCAGCUGCAAAAAAAGUAUGCGAACCCUUAGGGAUUUCUUGGAUUUCUGCAUAAAUUGGUCAUAAAAUGUAUUCUGAUCUUCAUCGAAGUCACAACAUUAGACAAACACAGU